AUGUGCAGCGGUGCCGAGGGAGGCUCCUGGCCGCUCGGUAAAGACGCUCCGACAGUUACGGCUGCCGCAAUCGACCACUAUCGUCUUCAGCUUUACAACUACGCCGUCGCCGAGCGGCUACGACUAUAUCCACCGACGGUAGCACCAUGUUACGGACCCUACGGACCGCGCCUGGCGCUGUCCAUGUCGCUGCUGCAACAACGCGCCCUGCAACCCGAAGAACCGAAGCCCCAACACAGCUACAUAGGACUUAUCGCGAUGGCCAUCCUCAGUUCGCCAGAAAGGAAACUAGUUCUAUCCGACAUUUAUCAACAUAUUUUGGACAAUUAUCCGUACUUCCGAACCCGCGGUCCCGGCUGGCGCAACUCAAUACGACAUAAUCUAUCAUUGAACGACUGCUUCGUGAAGGCAGGCAGGUCAGCCAACGGGAAAGGUCACUAUUGGGCCAUACAUCCUGCAAACGUUGAAGAUUUCCGAAAGGGCGAUUUUCGAAGACGCAAAGCCCAGAGAAAGGUGAGAAAACACAUGGGACUAGCGGUGGACGACGAUGGCGAAGACUCGCCUUCCCCGCCGCCGCAAUCGCCUCCCCCGACAGCGUUACCACUUCCGUUCUGGAAUGCGGCCCGACUUGCCGGCGGAGGGCAGCCGCGCAAACGACAGUUCGACGUCGCCUCGCUGCUGGCGCCCGACGAAACUCCCGAGAAAAGGCAGCGGCGAGAUAGCAGCUGCGACGAAGAACCCGAGGAAGAUAUAGAUGUGGUAGCCAGCGACCAAGAGGAACGUGGUGUAGAUGAAGAAGUCAGAGGGCCGUUGACAACGGCUACACAGUAUCCGCUGCUGGGCGGAUGGUGGCCGGCAUUGGAACCCGCACUACUCCAGCAGCUAAGGCGGCACGCCACGCCUGCGCCUCCAAGCCCUCCCGACCAGCAUCGCCCGCCGGAUAUUUAA